AUGGCGUCCACCGCGCUCCCGAAGCGCUCCACGCGCGGUCUCCGGAUGAACAAGCUCCUCGAGGACGAGGACAGCGCGGACGAGGAGUUCUGGGGCCAAGACGCGUUCGCGGAGGAGUCCGGCGACGAGGAAUACUCGAGCGAGUCCGAGGAAGCGGACGUGUUCGACAAGGACUUCGACGACGACGAGAGCUCGUCGGACUCGGAGGAAGUCGUCGUCGCGAAAGAGCGACGGAAGCCCGCGCUGAAGGCGCCGGAGAGGAAGGCGCCGCCGGCGCCGAGAGCGGCGGCGACCGCGACGAAGGAGAGGGCGAAGAAGCCGCCGCGAGGCCUCGACGGGAUGUCAGUGUUCUCCCCCGACGGCCUCGAGUGGAGCGACGGAGGCGGAGCGCGCGUCGACAACGACGGAGGGCUGCGGAAGUCGUCGCGCGCGAGCGUGAAGCAGAUCCUGAGCGAGAGCGAGAGGAGCAGGGAGGAGAGGAGGAGCAAGGCGCCGCCGAAGCGGACGGCGCCCGCGGAGCCGGCGCGGCCGCUGACGCAGGCUGAGAUUCUCGCCGAGGCGGCGGUCACCGAGGCGCGUCCCCUAUCUGACACCGGACUAUCUCUCCCGGCGGGCGUGUCUCUCCGCCCAUCACCCCUCGCUUUCAAUCCCGACACGCCUCGACGCCUUUCGACUCCGCCUCUGACGCCUUUCGACUCCGCCCCGACGUCGCUUCGUACGGGCAAUUACCCUCAGGUGUGGAAUCUGCGCGACCUCGAAUACCUCCUCAACCUCGAAGAGGCGACGAAGAAGAAAGCCGAGCGCGUGAAGACGACAUUCACGGGGCCGACGCUUCGCGUGCGAAGCGUCGGGGAUAAGACGACGAUCGAGCCGAGGUACGGCGCGUCGUUGCCGGAGCCACUCGGGAUGAAGGCGCCGACGCCGCCGACGCCGGAGCGGUGCGUCGUCACGGGGGACCGCGCGCGGUAUCGCGACCCGCUCACGGGGCUCGCGUAUAAGGACGUCGCCGCGUUUAAGGAGCUCAGGAGGAGGCACGCGGCGACGACGGCGGCGGCGAAGAAGGACGCGGUCGUGGGGGUGGUCGAGGUGCAGGCUGGGGUGGCGGCGGCGCCGGCGCCGGCGAAGGCGCCGGCGAAGGCGUCGGCGGCGGUGGCGGAGACGUCGCAGUUCGCCGUGAAGACCUUCUCCUCGGGCAGUCCGGUCGAUUCCCCGAGCGGGGGGUCGGGGGGCAAGGCGAAGAAAAGGAAGCUAGCCUCGCUGAACGAGAUUUCCAAGCCGUGAUGCGCGGGGAUGCGACCCGACGUAUACCCUUAGCCGCGUUUUCAGCAGUGCGUUUACGUUUAGGAUC